AAGAAAAGCGUCAGGUUUCCUAUGCCCACGAUCCCACCUCCUUCAGCAGGCGACCCUUCGGCAUCCUGCAUCCAUAUAUAAACAUCUUGUCCCCCCGCCAUUCUCUCUGGACACAGAAGUGACAGUGGCGAUUGCCUUUGGACACCGCGGGCAGGGUCAGUCCUUGCAGCCUCCAGCAACGGCCUCUCCAUGAUGUGGGAACUCCGAUCCGUAGCCUUCACCCGGGCUGUCCUUGCAGAAUUUUUGGCGACCUUGGUCUUCAUCCUCUUUGGUCUGGGCUCUGCUCUGAACUGGCCCUCAGCUUCCUCCCCGAGCAUCCUCCAAAUCGCACUGGCUUUUGGCUUGGCCAUCAGCACACUGGUCCAAGCCUUGGGGCACAUCAGCGGAGCCCACAUCAACCCAGCGGUGACGGUGGCUUGCCUCAUCGGCUCCCACGUCUCCUUCCUCCGCGCAGUCUUCUACGUGGUGGCCCAGCUCCUGGGGGCUGUUGUGGGGGCUGCCAUCCUACAUGAGAUCACGCCAGCAGACUCCCAGGAAGGCUUAGCCAUCAACAAGCUGCAUAACGAGACGACGACAGGGCAGGCGGUGACCGUCGAGCUCUUCCUCACCUUCCAGCUGGUCCUGUGCAUCUUCGCUUCCACCGAUGAGCGCCGGGAGGACAACCUGGGAUCCCCCGCCCUGUCCAUUGGCCUUUCCGUCACUGUUGGACAUCUCCUUGGGAUCCGUUACACCGGCUGCUCCAUGAAUCCAGCCAGAUCUUUCGCCCCUGCUGUGAUAGUUGGAGACUUCAGUGACCACUGGGUCUUCUGGGUGGGCCCUCUGAUCGGGGCAGCAGCAGCUUCCAUCCUCUACAAUUACAUCCUCUUCCCACAGUCCAAAACCUUCUCGGAGAGACUUGCCAUCUUCAAGGGCUUGGAGCCAGAGGAGGACUGGGCAGAGCGCGAGGUCCGCCGGCGGCAGUCGGUGGAGCUGCACUCACCGCAGACCCUGCCGAGGGGGAUGUCAGAGAAGGUGUAGCCGAACCCCCCCAGGCCAAGAGAGGAGCUGGAGAAAAAUCUGACAUCCAUUUCGGAGACAGCACCCACUCAGCUGGGCAUUUCACCUCUCCCCUCUCUCCCUUUUCUUUUUGCUGGGGGGGAUAACCCAUCUCCUGGGGAGACCUCCCAUCACCCAGCUCUCUCUCUGCCUGGUGGUUUUCUAACCCCGGGGGAAAGCACCAUUAAACCAACACAACCAGUGUAGCAACAGGAACAAGCACACCAGGGUGUGCUCCUUCUGGCUGGCUCCUUCCAUGUCCCCCUGCAGUAGCUGGUGCUCAAGCGGAGGUCGCUGCCCUUCACGAAGAGCUCGGAGGCGCUGCGGAGAGUUGUUAUUACAGGCACCUCCUGGGUGUGGAGGUUGCCACCCGAUGCCUCACUGCUGUAGAAGUCAAAAAAAAAAAAAGAAGCCAAAAAGGCCCCCACUGUCUGCCACAGCAAAAAUAUUGAUUCUGGUCCUCCACCUUGGUCCUUCAAUGAGAAAGGAGCACUUGAACACUAUUUCAAAAAUAUUUUUUAAAAUAAAUUUGUAAUCUGUUCCUAGACUGAGCAAUGCGAAUUAAAAUCAUGUUACCAUUCAGAGUGUAAAAUUGUA